AUGGUUCAAUUGAAUGUGGUCGCGACGGCUCACUCCGGUACAGCGGAUAAACCCCUUCAUCGACCGAAACUCGGGGUAUUCGUGUAUCUGCUCUCAUUCACUGCUGUGAUUGGCGGUUUUCUGUUUGGCUAUGACACGGGUAUCGUCUCAUCGGCGAUGUUGUACGUGCCAUCCAAUACUGGAAUGAAACCAUUGUCCUAUGUUUGGCAAGAAAUCAUUGUCUCUGUUACGCCAGGCUUUGCAGCAGUGGGUUCUCUCCUUUCUGGAGCCGGUUCAGAUCGUUAUGGAAGAAAAAAAGUGAUCAUCGGCUCGUCUCUCGUUUUCACAAUUGGUGCACUGAUUUGUGCGAUUGCAGUGGAGAAGAUAAUGCUGACUGGUGGAAGAGUUUUACUUGGAAUGGCUAUUGGCUUUGCCUCAAUGGUUGUCCCAGUCUACGUGGGUGAAGCAUCACCAGCCUACAUCCGUGGAACUCUCAUCACCGGUUUCCAAUUGAUGGUCACUUUUGGUCUCUUUGCAGCCAAUGUCUUCGCUGGUGCCUUCUCCUAUAUUGAUCCGACGAAUAUUGGAUGGAGAUUGAUGUUCGGUUUUGCGGCAAUCCCAGCUGGAAUCCAAUUCGUUGCUUUCUUCUGUCUUCCCGAGAGUCCUCGAUGGCUUUAUGAACACAAUAUGAUUGAUGAUGCAAGACUUGUAUUGGAUAAAAUCUACAAUGGAGACAAGAGUUGGAUCGAAUACGAGCUCUCUGAACUGGCUGUAGCUACAGAGCUGGCUAAAGUUCAGAAAUCGGAGGAUGAUGAGUCGAUUCUCAUUCGCGUUUUCUCCACUCCACAUGUUAGAAAAGCUCUUCUGAUCGGCUGUGUUUUACAAGGAUUUCAACAACUUUCUGGCAUUAAUACGAUCAUGUACUACACAGGAAAAAUCAUCCAAGCAGCCGGUGUCGGUGAUAAACAUGCGACAAUUUGGAUCUCAGCAGCUAUAUCAGUUAUUGGAGUGGGAAUCACUCUCUUUGCAAUGGGUGGCGCAUUCUAUGCGAUCAAUCGAGACUCUGACCCAGUCAUCAACAAUUACACAACUCGAUCAGUCAACCAUAUUGAAGUGUGCAAAGCUUAUAGAAAUUGUGACUACUGUGUGACUGACGAGCAAUGUGGCUUCUGCAAAGGAAAAGCACAUGAUUCAGGCUACUGUGUCCCCUAUUCCAUGGACACCGAAGAUCGAGCUCUUGUCGGAUUCUGUAUGAAUGGAACAGAACAGGGUGAAGGAGCUCAAUAUGAGUGGAGUGCCUCGUUCUGUCACUCUCGGUUCACCUACAUUCCAAUCAUUCUCAUGGUCAUCUAUUUAUCAUUUUUCUCGAUAGGCUAUGCUCCUCUUCCAUGGGUCUUGAAUGCUGAGUUCUACCCGUUGUGGGCGAGAUCGACUUGUGUGUCGAUUGCCACCGCCUCGAAUUGGGCCUUCAAUCUCCUCAUUUCCCUUACUUUUCUAUCGCUUUCUGAAGCACUUACGAAAUAUGGAACAUUCUGGCUUUACGGUGGGAUCACUAUUGUCGCUCUCGUCUUUGUCUGGUGGGCAAUCCCAAAACAAAAGACUGUUCGAUUGAUGAAGUUGAAUGGUUAUUCAUGUCAGAAGAAGAGAAAA